AACCAGAACCAGCUUCAAAGCGUAGAUGUGGGUUUCUUCAAUCACCGGCGCUGGCUUACGAAUUCUGUGCAGCCGCCUUGUCAAAUUCCGAUACUCAAAGCUGAUGGAGAGUCGCCGGAAUUUCACCGCCGGAAAUCCCUCUUUCACCGCCACCGCACAUUCUAACACCAGUAGUGGUGGUGGUAGAGGAAGAGGAGUGGAAAUGAAAGAUAAUCGGCAUAGAUCAAGAGGUAGAGGCGGUGGUGGCGGUUCUUCUGGGAAUGAUAAAAUUGACGCUCUUGGCAUAUUAUUAACACGUGUAUUGAGACACAUGGCUUCCGAGUUGAAAUUAGAUAUGAGGAGUGACGGAUUUAUCAAAGUCGAAGACCUGCUGAAGUUGAAUCUGAAAACAUUUGCUAAUGUUCCCCUACGAUCACACACAAUUGACGAUGUCAGAGAGGCUGUAAGAAAAGAUAACAAGCAGCGGUUUAGUCUUUUGGAAGAGAAUGGAGAGCUUUUAAUACGUGCCAACCAAGGUCACACUAUUGCGACAGUCGAAACAGAGAGCUUACUGAAACCUAUACUUUCACCUGAAGAAAUCCCGGUUUGUGUGCAUGGGACCUACAAGAAAAACUUGGAAUCGAUUCUAGAGGGGGGUCUAAAUCGUAUGAAGAGAUUACACGUGCAUUUUUCUUGUGGCCUCCCCACAGAUGGAGAAGUUAUUAGCGGUAUGAGACGAGAUGUCAACGUGUUAAUCUUUCUCGAUGCAAGAAAGGCUUUGGAAGAGGGAAUGAAGCUGUACGUAUCAGACAACAAGGUGAUUCUAACAGAGGGUUUCGAUGGGGUAGUCCCUGUCAAGUAUUUCCUCAAGAUUGAAUCAUGGCCACGCGGAGAAAUUAUACCGUUUUAGUCCGCAAAUUCGGCAACUAUUACUUUAAAUUUAUAAUUUUAUUUUAUUUUUUACGGUUUUGUUUUUCUGUAUUUAUUAAAAUCAGUGGGAGUCUCGAAGAAAAAAUAAAGACCGUUUCGCCCCCGGCUAUAUCCAAUGUAAUAUUUUUAGUCGGCGAUUUUGAGGGAUUCGAAAAUUGGACAAGUGUGUUGUAUUAUAUCCGUGUGUCGAAUAUUUGAAUAUGGAAUAUUACCACAGCUGAACCAAAUGCUUUGAUUGAAAUGUCGUAUUCGACAUCCGACGAGUCGAGAA